AGUUACAGGUGGCAGCGAUGCUGCGGGCUCUCUCUCUCCGGCUCUAUUUGUUUUAAUUAAGCUGUCUAGCCACGUUCAUCGCUGCGCUUCGUCUGCUGUCGUCGAGUGAACCUCAGUGUAAGGUCUGGUUUAUGUGGAAGAGAGCGAGGAGAGGGGGAACUCGAGGUGUUUAUACGGUCAAGACGAGCAGUGAAGAGUGAGGCGAGGAUCCUCUGCUGCGUUCUGAGCAGCUCCAGCUGUGGAGAGAGCAGGAGAAGCAGGAGCAGGGUCUGUGUCCAUUGCGAGAAUUGAGCUCACCUCAGAAGUAAUGGAGGAGGACGUCUGACCACUUUGCCUCAUUGCCAUGUGUUUUGCCUUACGAAUCGCAGUCGUCCCUGUGGCAGCUCGUACUCUCCAGGGCCUCUUAUUCUGAUCAUUCGGCCGGCAUGCCCUUGUGCUGAGUUCCAUUCCCCAACAUUGUCAUGACCAGUCUGAAGCGUUCCCAGACAGAGCGCUCUGUGGGGGGCUCUGUGCCCGCCUCAGAUGAGUUCUACACCCGUCGCCUGCGCUUGCCAAAUGGAGGUGCUCCACCCCCACGCAGCGAGAGCACCCACCUGUCUGGAUGCACACCUGGAGUGCCCAAGAUGGGAGUGCGAGCAAGAGUCGCUGAUUGGCCCCCAAGAAAAGAUGGUGGCAGUAGUGGUGGAAGCGGUGGGGGAGGAGGAGGAGGCAGCGGAGGAGGGGGAGGGAGUGGAACUGGGAGUAGCAGUGGAAGUGGUAGUGGCAGUAGUGGAGGAAGUGGAGGAAGCGGUGGAGGAGGAAGUGGAGGAAGUGGAAGUGUGUGGCACAUAACUGUGGAGACCGAAUCGCCAAACGCCACACAGAGCUCCCAGAGCAACCUAUCCGCCAAGCUGGGUCACCUGAUCAGCCCGCAGGAUUCCUCUAUGCUGCGUAACAUUCAAAACACUCUGAAGAACAAGAUGCAUAGCAAGGGCAAAGACAACCGCUUCCUGUCCCCUGACGGCUACCUAGGUUCUCCACGCAAGGGCAUGCGCCGCAUCCGUCAACGCAGCAACAGCGACAUUACCAUCAGUGAGUUAGAUGGAGAUGGCAAUGAGGGCUGGUCAUUCUCUGGAUGGACCCCAAUGCACCGGGAGUAUGGCAGCACCUCAUCUAUUGACAAGCAUGGGGUCUCAGGAGAGAGCUUUUUUGACAUGCUUAAAGCCUACCAGACAGAUGCCCCAGAUCAGCGUAGCCCUGCUCCAGAGAAACUAAGCGAACUUCUUACUGUAGCCCACAAACAGACUGCGCUUGACCUCCCGGAUGGUCCUCUGGGACCCCCAAGAGGAAGUCCUGCAAGUCGCUUGAAGGAAAGGGAGAAACACCUGAAGAGGCGCUCCAAGUCCGAGACUGGGGGCGAAUCCAUAUUCCGCAAGUUACGAAGUGUGAAGGUAGAGGGAGAUUCUUCUCGUGCUGGUUCUGAUGCGGAAGAUGGAAAGUCUGAUGAUGCGGGUCCUCCACCAAAGCCUUGGGUCUGUCAGAAAGGCUUUGCUCACUAUGAUGUCCAGAGCAUCCUCUUUGACUUGAACGAAGCUGUCCAGAGCCGCCAGAGCGCCGUCAAGAGGAAGAACACCACCACCGGAGCCUCGGCAGCCGCUGCAGCUUCAGCCUCCACCUCAUCUUCCCUGUCCUCCACCCAAAGCGGACAAUAUGGCUCCCCAUGUGGCAGCCAAGAGGAGCUUAAUGUCAAAGACGGACCCUCACUAGACUCUGGUGACGACAAGAGCAACGACUUGGUCCUCAGCUGCCCCUGCUUCCGUAAUGAGAUAGGCGGGGAAGGCGAGAGGAAUAUCAGCCCCUCGAAGCAGGGCAGCAUCGGCAGUGGAUCGUCCAGCUCCUCCAGGGAUGAGGACGGAUCUCCAGAGGUGCCCCCUAAUACUCAUUUCAGCAAUGCAGGGGUAGCAGUGCUGGAAGCGCCAAAGGAUGGCAAGAGCAUUCACCAUGAACGGGGAAAGAACAACAUUGUGGAACAUGUGGACCUUGGGUCCUAUUACUACAGGAAGUACUUCUAUUUGAGAGAGCACUGGAACUACUUGGGGGUGGAUGAGACACUGGGGCCAGUGGCUGUGAGUCUUCGACGAGAGAAACUGGAGGAUCACAAGGAUCACGGCCCGCAAUACAAUUACAGAGUCAUCUUCAGAACCAGUGAGUUGACAACUCUGCGAGGAUCUAUAAUGGAGGAUUCUGUGCCCUCCACUUCCAAGCAUGGUUUGGCUCGAGGCCUGCCGCUGAAGGAAGUGCUGGAGUAUCUCGUGCCAGAGCUUAAUGCUCACUGCCUUCGGCUUGCCCUCAACACACCCAAAGUCACGGAACAACUGAUGAAACUGGAUGAGCAAGGGCUUAGUUUUCAGCUGAAGGUGGGAGUGAUGUACUGUCUGGCAGGCCAGAGCAGUGAGGAGGAGAUGUACAAUAAUGAGGCGGCCGGUCCAGCACUGGAGGAGUUCCUGCAGCUGCUGGGAGAACGUGUGCGCCUUAAGGGCUUCACAAAGUACAGAGCCCAGCUGGACACCAAGACUGACUCAACUGGCACGCAUUCCUUAUACACCAGCUACAAAGACUAUGAAAUAAUGUUCCACGUCUCUACAAUGUUGCCCUACACUCCAAACAAUAAACAGCAGUUGCUAAGGAAGCGGCACAUUGGAAACGACAUUGUCACCAUUGUGUUCCAAGAGCCCGGAGCAAAGGCCUUCAGCCCCAAGAACAUCCGCUCUCACUUUCAACACGUCUUUGUGGUGGUGCAGGUGCACAACCCCUGCUCUGACAACACAUGCUACAGUGUGGCGGUGGCUCGUUCCAGGGACGUUCCUGCCUUUGGGCCGCCCAUUCCGGAAGACGUGAAGUUCCCCAAAUCCACCGUCUUUCGGGACUUCCUGCUGGCCAAAGUCAUCAAUGCAGAAAACGCUGCUCACAAGUCCGACAAGUUCCGAGCCAUGGCCACCCGCACUCGGCAGGAGUACCUGAGGGACCUGGCCGAGCGCCACGUUACCAGUACGCCUAUCGACCCAUCCGGCAAAUUCCCCUUCAUCUCACUGGCCCAUAAACGCAAAGAGAAGAGCCGGCCGUACCCUGGGGCGGAGCUGCGCAGUCCCGGGGCUGUCACCUGGCCCGUGUAUGCAGAGGACCACGGAGCAGGAGGAGAGCUGGAGGCCCUGCUGGGUAUCUCCAACGACUUCCUUAUCCUGGUGGAUUCUGAGGCCAAGGCCGUGGUCUUUAACUGUGCUGUGCGGGACGUCAUUGGCUGGACAAUGGGAAGCCCCGCCUCCAUGAAGAUUUUUUAUGAGCGUGGGGAGAAUAUCUCACUGCGCUCAAUCAACAACAACACGGAGGACUUCCGAGAGGUUGUUAAGCGCCUAGAGCACUUGACUAAAGGCUGUGAAACCAGUGAGAUGACCCUGCGCAGAAACGGCCUGGGCCAGCUUGGGUUCCACGUUAACUAUGAAGGCAUCGUGGCUGAAGUGGAGCCCUACGGGUAUGCCUGGCAGGCAGGCCUGCGUCAGGGCAGCCGACUGGUGGAGAUCUGCAAGGUGGCGGUGGCAACUCUCUCCCACGAGCAGAUGAUUGACCUGCUGCGCACUUCCGUCACAGUGAAGGUGGUGAUUAUUCCACCUCAUGAGGAUUCUACCCCUCGCAGGGGCUGCUCGGAGCUGUACCGUAUGCCAGUCGGGGAGUAUAAGGGAAGCUGUGACAGUGGCUCCUUCGAGUACAAGUUCCCUUUCCGCAGCAACAACAACAAGUGGCAACGUACCUCCUCCAGCCCCCAGCAGUCCCUCACCGCCUCUCCUCAGAGCCACACUGGCACUCCCAACCGUGCAGUCAGUCUGGGGGCCAGCAUGGGCAAGACCCUGUCCGCUGAGCGCCCAGAGAGAGCUGCUGCCAUUCCCCGGAGCGUGUCCAGUGAUGGACGCCCUCUGGACUCAAAGAGGAUGUCUCCUGGUUCGGAGAACUACUCGCUGGCCUCCUCCAUCGUGAUGGGCCGCUCCCCUCACAACCGCAGCUCCCCCAGCAACCUCUCCUGCUCUAGUGAUACAGGCUCGGGGGGUUCCGCCCACUGGAGGCAGAAGUCCAUGCCUGAGGGAUUUGGACCCAACAGACACUCUCCCCUCCCGCCAGAGCGACAGAUGAUGGGCGAGGGGGGCAGCAGUGGCAAGUCAACCCCGAGCUGGCCCAGAGUGGACGACUCAGACAGAGCAUCAGCAGAUGCCCCAGUCAGUAAAUCUGGACCUUCCUAUUCAGGCGGCCCACGCAUCCAGCGGCAAGAGCAGGUCAUUCACCUCUCCCCCAAGAAGAGCAGCCAGUCGGAGGGCCCCUGCUCCCACUCCAGCAGCAACACACUGUCCAGUACAGCGUCCAGUGGGGGUCACAGUGAUGAGAAGUGGUAUGAUCUUGGCGGAGGAGGACCUGGAGACGGGGGUGACUCUGAGCCGAACGGUUUGGGUGGGGGAGGCUACCUGCAGGGAGCUUCAGCCGACAGCGGCAUUGACGCCACUUCCUAUGCCCCUCAUGGCAGUUCCAGCUCCCUGCUGGCCGUGGGUGCCCCAGCUCCCCGGGAGAGGUCUGCGUCACCCUGGCACGGCCCACCUGAGGGUGGCAGGCGUGUUUUAGAGAGAUCCCCUCCAGCAGCAGAGUCACCUGUGUCCCCCGCCGAGGUGCCAACUACGCGCAGCCCCCCGACACACCUACUGGUGCGGGACGGUAGCUCCUACAGCCUGAGUGAAAUGGCCUCCCACUCCAGUUCUCGUCACUCUGUGAGCCCCGCUGUGCUGAGCUCCAGCCACAGCUCACCACGAGACGAGUCGCCCUCGGCCACUUCACCCUCCUCCUCCCAGAGCUCAGUCUCUCCAGGCCCCAAGAGCUUCUAUCCGCGCCAGGGAGCCACCAGCAAGUACUUGAUUGGUUGGAGGAAGCCAGGCAGCACCAUCAACUCUGUGGACUUUGGUGACACACGCAAGAGGCCACAGGGUGAGGGGCCGGAUAGUGGACCGCCUCAGUCUCGACCCUCUCUCAGAGACCUGCAUUCUCCUCAGCCCCACGGUAAAUCCACUGUGGAGGAGGACCUGAAGAAACUCAUCACCCUGGAAGCCCCCCGUGGCCAUCGUCACGAAGACAAGUCUAUGUCCUCCUCUGGCUCAUCGGGUACUGGCAGGCGCUCACUCCACCGCACCCUCUCAGAUGAGAGUAUAUAUCGUGGUCAGCGACUGCCAUCUCUGGGUGACCCAGUACUGGAGCAGGCUGUGGCCAGUGACUUACUAUUCAGCUGCUCCACCCUGCCCCGCUCCCCCACGACCCGUGGAGCUCCUCUCCGCAGACCCUCCUAUAAACUGGGCAUUAAGAUGCAUGGUGAUCUCACCGCAUCUGACACCUCUCUAGCAGACCUGCACGAGCGCCAGAGGCACCCCUCCCCAGACCUGGGCCUCAUGCCCCUCCCCGACACAGACACCGACAGCGGUCUGGACUGGACCCACCUGGUGGACGCUGCCAACGCUUUCGAGGGUGAGGGGAGACCCCCACGCAUCCAGAGAGGGUUUAUGUUCAGUUCUCAGGAUAUCAGUCAUCGUGGUGAAAGCUCUGUGAGUUCUCAACAGCUGGAUCUGCAACCGGUGCCCCACACUCGUCUCUCUCCCAGUGAGAUCCCUGUAGGUUUUGCUGGGAAGAUUUCACAGCUAGAAGGCUUGGUGAAGAUGUUGCAGGAGGACUUGAAAAAGGAGAGAGAGGAAAAGCUGAAGCUUCAGGCUCAGAUCAAGAGGCUGUGGGAGGACAACCAGAGGCUCCAGGAGGAGUCCCAAAACUCUGCUGCCAAGCUCAAAAAGUUCACUGAGUGGGUCUUUAACACCAUCGACCUGAACUGAGGCCAUGCUGGAGCACUGGGGAGCGCUGAGAAAGAGCCGAAGAACUCCCCACUACUCUGAGCACAAACACCGGGACCAACACAAGCACCAACCUCUGCUUUCAACACGCCAACACUCCCGCACAGACCGUCGACCGUUUCCUGUUUUGGGUUAUUGGAGACUGACUCAGAAAUGGCACAAAAACCCCCCUCAGAUUUUUCCCAGAGAAAGAAUUGUUGCUUCAUAUUUAUCAAUGAAGGACUUCUUGUCUUACACCCCUCUGGGAGGUUUCAGAAGACUUCAAGCUCAGCUAGUUCAAUCACGCUGCUUCACACUCGGACAUCUGCAUCAGCUGCCCGGUUUUGGAGCCUGUCCGGCUGCUCAGGCCCCACUUUUCCAAGCCCAUGCCCUGUGCAGUGCUAUCGCACUUUGCUCCAAAGGUGUUCAAAUCAUUACAGGCCAGAAACUAGAAAAAGGUGAAAUUUAAAAAUAAAGAAACUGAGUCACCUGGCGUUUCUUAUAGACUGUGCUCUGAGAGGGAAUCGUUUUUUUUUUGCGCUUUAAGAAAUGCCCUUGCCCUGUUGUGAAAUUUUGCUGAGUCACUGUGGUUUCAGAGUUUGUGGAUUUUUUCCUUCUCUCUCUUUUCUUUCCUUUCUCUUUUUUUGACUCUGACAGAGUGUUGUGGCGUGCAGAUCUACAAUGCAGCAGCAGGAUCAGUUUUUAAGCAUUUUUAAAGGAAGGAAGCCACACUCCAUUGUGAGGUGCCAUGAAGUGAACAGGUGGUAUUGAAGUAUGGGCUCUGGUCAUUUUCAAAAGCAAUAGCAGAAAGUCUAAUGUUUUUGAUGCCUCUGCUUCUCUGGACUCUAAACAACGUGGAAACUUUUUGUGUGGGUCCCUCUUAAACAAAGCAGUAAGACAUCUCAAGCCUUGGUACGAGUGCCAAAGACUCCUGCAGUCUCCAUGAAUGUUGAUCAGGAAUAAAAAGACAAGUCUUUUUUUGGGGGUGCGGGAACAAUAAAUACAAUAAAUACAGUUAUUUAUUUCAUUUGUAUUAUAAAUACAUACGUUGCUCAGUGCUUACAGUACAUAAAUGUUCAUUUUACAGACAAAAUACGCUCAUUAUUUAGUUUUUUUUUUUAUUAUAAUUAUUAUUAUUACUAUUAUUAUUAUUAUUAUUAUUGAUUAAUUCCAGUAGAAUUCAGCACUGAUGCUGAGUAUCUUUUUGUAUGCUUGUGGUUCCCUAGCCUGCUAUUGUUGUGUUGCCUUAGUGCCAUCUAGUGGUGAAAAGUGAUCGUUUCACUUGACUUCAGCUAUAAUCUGUAUUUCUGUUUUGUGUUCAGAUGUUACAGAACCUGCAAGAAUCUGCAUUUAUCAUUUCAACCGUUUACGAGGGUUAGAGUUACCCUGAGUUACUUUAUUAAAAACAUCAGGUCGAGAUCAGUGUGCUUGUUCUUUUCUAAGCAGGCUGAGGAGCUCGUUUUGUUGCCGGCAUGAAGAGUAGGAGGUUCUGAAAGUGCAGGAACAAAAGAAGCGAAGGAGAACUGAUUCUUAUUUACGUAAGCUUUGUGGAACCUCUUCUCUUUCACUCGUGGUUGAACCUAGUAACCCGAUCCCCGGAGGACGAGGACCUGCUGGAUCACGUCAUCAGCGCGGUCAAUAGUUCACUGUCUUAGCAGGCCAGUGCCAGGCGGCCACGCGAUUAUGUGCCUACGUGUGCUCUCAGCUAUGUGUUGCCGGUUUUUGCAUAAUGGAUCAGGAGACGUGGAGCCGAGCGGAGAGACUGGUGAGAGGAAAGGCUUAGUCAGCCAAUAAUCAAUAGCACUGAACAGCUGUGUCCUGUAAUCUCUCGCCCAAUCACAGCGCUGUUGCUUCUCUCAUCAGUCCCAGCUGACAUCUGAAGCUUUCUCCACCCACCCGCCUUCCAAACAUAGUGGCGUUUACUGACCAGGGAAAUGUCAAUCCGCAAAGGCCACGCUCCCGCCUCCCGCCGCAUUACCGACCCAAUACUGCAGUAACUACAAGCACCACCGCUCUCCACUGAGCAGCGUGUUUCUGAGUGGGCUCUCGAAAUGGAGAUGCCAGUUGAGUCCUGAGCUUCAGGAUGCUUUAUUUAUUGCAGUCAGAAAGAGAGAAAGAGCAGCCCCAGCGAAGCUCCAUUUGAAUUUCUGUGUUCGACAGUGAAUGGAAAUUAUCGAUUCUGUUCUAGGAAUCAUGUGAAGCAUCUCAACAAUAUCCAUUCUGCUAGCAGCAGGUAAACCAACACUACUAACCCCCUAUUGCUCUUCAUUCACCCUCAGCUGAAAACCCCCACGUACAGAUCAGUGAUGUACAAUAUAGAGAAAGACAGCCUGUCUGAAUUAAUAAAACAUGACCAGUUCCGUUUCUCCUCUACUGUUUCAUUCCAUCUUCUUCAAUCAGGAAGGUUUAAAUGAGAGCUCUCUCCAGCUCUCGCACUGCUGAGAAUGUGAUCCCUGUUUUUUUAACGGUUCUGGUUUCUUGCCUUGUGAGGUUUUGUUCUGCCUUUUCCAAAGUUUUUUUUUUAUUUUUAAAUAGUUUUUUUUCUGUUUUGUUUGAAAAGGUAAAUAUUGAAAACUGUGGGAAUGUGAAUGUUAAUUUCUUCUUUUUUUCUUUUAUUUUUCUUUUGUGUUUCAUUUAAUUAAUUAUGAUUCCUUUGCACUGUAAACUUCCUUUUUCUGUUUUUAUUGUAUAGAUUUAUUAUUGCUAUUAUUGGUUAAAAGUGGACAGAGUCAGACACACUAAACAUGUCGGUCUUAAAAAGAAAAAAAAAUAAUCCUCGCCUCUCCUCGUGUAUGUGUGGGCCAUCACUCCUGAGGCAGGAGAGGCCUGGAUCAUGCUUCUCUUCCUCGUGUGCUGCCUUUAGAGCGUGUCGGUAGGUGUUCCUCCACAAAGCCCUCUCUCGCCUUUUACGUCUAUGAGGAGUCGUGUGUUUUUAAUGAUGUGCACAUUUUAAAAGGAGCAUUAUAUUUAACAAGAAGUACUGUUUACAUAUGCUGUUCAUUUUAUUUGUAAAGUGUAGAGGUUUAAAAAGACGAUUUCCAGUGAUAACAGUAUUAAAUUUCAUAAAUAAAUAAAUAAAAAAAAAACUUGA